AUGUCGACAUACAACAACUUUUACCAGGGUACGCGGACCUUUUGGAAGGCGGCCGCUACCCCGGGGUCGGGAACACAGGCUCCCGAGCCUCGUGAGUUUGAAGCAAUCGGUGAGUUGCCCAACUCUAACUUUCUCCCACCUGCCGAGCAGAGCAAGGUGACCCCUGUCUACCCGAGUCCCCCACUUUUCGCGGCUACAGACAUUGAGCUUAGCGUGAAGUGGGGAAUUCAGGAUUACGAUAUGAUCGUGGACAGGGAUGUCGGGAGGAGGGUGACACGGAAAGUUGCGCAGGCGAUUCGCGAAGGGGCUAUGAUCCCCAACGUUGAGAGCCUGUUGUACCGUGGUCACCGAAGGAUGCGCGGGGGUACGCCCACGGCGUCCCACCCAGGCACGACACCAGAUGUCACAGACGACUCUGAAGAGGACGAGACGACGGAAGUCAGUACUCUCCUCUAUUCAGAGGAUGUCCAGCUCGCAGAAGAAGGCGACGGCAUCGGAGGACAUGAUGCCGUAGAGGGGGACUUGGGAGCGGACGAAAGCUCUUCGGUCUCCUCUGACCAAUGGAAGGUGGUACGGGCGCGACGCAGCCCAGAGCCACAAACCACGGACAUUCUGCCCGUGGUAACUCGCUACUUUCCGUCCUGGUUCGAUCUUUGCGACUUCGAGGACCAGCUCGGUCCUAUCCCGACUGAUUGGUCAAGUACCAAGACCGGGAGCCCUAUUCUCCCUGAGGUUCAAGUUAGCAGUGGGGGGACCUCGCUGCUGGACGAAUUCUGGUAG